AUGUACUUCCUGGUCAUGGUUACUCAGCACUUUAGGGGGCUGCGGGUGCGGGUGUGGCAUGCCCUGGGGGACGGGAGAGGGACGGGAGCCCCCUGGAGGGCAGGGUCGGGGUGCACUGUGAGCUGGGGGAGAUGCACGCGCGCGUGGAGCGUACGGGCGGCCCCUCACUGCGCUUCCUGCACCACCCCUGUCUGGGACCUCUCGCUUGGGAGCAGAGAGCCUACUCUUGGCCCCCUAUGUAUCCGGAUACGCGCCCGGGCCGGGAAAUGGAGGGCUCUUUGGAGAACACCGGGGUUGCUGGCCGCCACAUCCUCCCCGUACGCUUUUCAGGAAGCCUUGAACAGCGCAGGAGAUAAGCUGGUCGUGGUUGACUUCUCCGCCGCGUGGUGUGGGCCUUGCAAGAUGAUCAAGCCCUUCUUUCAUUCCCUCUCUGAAAAGUAUUCCAACGUGGUGUUCCUUGAAAUAGAUGUGGAUGACUGUCAGGUACGUGGCUGGAAAUCUGGAAUGCUACUUAAUCGAAUACCUUUAAUGGCGGCUAUUACAACCGCCCAAAUAGCCUCAUCUGUGGCAGAGGUGGGUGAGUUUUCUGGAGCUAAUAAGGAAAAACUCGAAGCCACCAUCAAUGAAUUCAUUUAAUCAUGUUAACCAGCCAUUGGCUCUUGUAAUUUUUUUUUUAUUUACAAAAAAAGAAGAUAGAUCAA